AUGACAUUGGCAACACCCUUGUCCGCCCAGUCUUUCGUUAGGCUCCUCAAAGCCCCCACAGAUCCACCUAAUCCAGAGAGUCCACCAAAAAUCCAAAUCGCUUGGGCAGCAUGGGAUGAUACUACUAUUCACAUUCCAAAUAAGCACGAGCUCAUCGCCGAGUUCAUACUCACCCGACUACUCAAAGACAAGUCAAAAACUAGCGACAAUCCGGUGAUCGAUGCGCGGUACUGGUCCCUUCUUCGCAAGGUCUGGCUUGGUUCUCUUCUCAAUCGCACACCGCUCGCACCAAUAAUCAUUUCGAUCCUUACUCUCCUAAGGGAUCUGCCAGUUACAAAAGCGAAAGAGCUCCUUGUGCUCGUACGCCCGUGCUUCUCUGUCUUGUGGCCGUUAAGUGUCCACAAAAUUGGCGUGGAGACACUAUUAGAGUGCCUUGGCGCCGUACUGAAUGUCUCUACUGAGCUGUUUGACGAUGUCAUUUUGGAUGGUAUCUGUGAGACAAUCGUAUCUUCAUAUAGAGAAGCACUAGGAAAUGCGGGGAACAAGAAGAAGCUACCUGUGACCUUCCUUCAAUCCCAUCUCUCAUCCUGGAUUCAUGCAAUCUCAUCAUCAUCCCAUUUGUCUCCACAGUUGAAUAAAGCAGUAUACGCCGCAGGAACAGAGACCUUGUUCUCUCUCGAUACGCUUCGUGCAUCCCCGUCAUCUGAGAGCUUAUUCACCGCCCUAUCUUCUUUGCCGACCUCACCAACCACAAUAAAUCUCACGAUCCCACUCCUACCCCGCCUCUUCAGUACCCAUACGAACUUCCUACGGCGAUACCGCACCAGUUUGUUUCCCGCUUCUCAGAAUAACAUACAAAACCGUGAAAACGACAUGAGAAUGACGUCCAUGGCAUUCUUCGCAUCGUGCCUCAAGUUAUUGGCCGGGAACGAUCUGAGUUGGGACGCAAGAGUGGAUUUGGUGGAGGCAGUCAGAGAGGAUGCGGUCCGGGUAUUGGAGGAAGAAAAAGCGGAGCAAAAGGUGGUAGGUUUGGCUUUGGACGUGCUGGCUGCGCUCGCGACGGUCGACUAUGAUGUGAUUGAACCUGUGGUAGGAAGAAUACUUCCUCAGCUGAUCUUGGUAAGCUUUACCUCUUCGUUCGUCUUUUUCUGUGAAAUCAAUGCGUCCGCCGUUCCUGGUGUCUUUUCUUCCAGACUCGCCCAUCUCCCUCCAUACAAAAAUCAGCCAACGUACUUCUUAACAUCCUCCUCGACUUUCACUCCAAGACGCGCACGUUACACGCAUACACUCAUGCACUCUUUGAUGCCUGCACCUCCCUUCCUUCCAUCAGAUCCCUUGCGUCACCACAAGAAUUCUACGACCGCGGACGCACCUCUAUUAUCCUCGCGCACACCCAUCUUUCCUCGCUCGCACAAGCGUUCCGCACAUUCCUCACACCCACCCAACGAGGUGGAAGACAGACCGCGUAAAAAGCGACGGAAAAGUGAGCCUGCCCCGCCAUCUGCGAGUCCAGCGCCCAUACAGGCCAUGCAGGAAGUAGACGCUUAUGCACUUUCACUUUCCCUCACUCUCAAGUUCGCGGCUCUAUUCCUGUCGAACCUCCCAUUUUCCUUCGUCACCCCCGGGGUCCGCGAGGCUGUACUUGAGGCAAGCGUAUGGGCCAUCGAGGCCGCUCGCUCGCUUCUUUGUAACAAGACUUCGAAAAUAUGCUGCGCAGACCAAGUGACAGGUGCUGCACUUCUUCGUUUUGCGUAUCAUCUACUGGCUUGGAAGUGCGGUGGAGAACUAGGAGAUAUGGGAGGACUAUUGGAGGUUGCCAAGACAGAAGAUGCUGCGAUUUUCUUUGCGUGGUCUUCUAGAUCGGACACCGAUGUAGUAGUGGAAACUGUAUUGGACUUUGCCCUGGCGUAUAUCGAGGCACACGCGGAGAACACGGACGGAUUUAUGGUACUCUACCUAAUCGUCGAGCGGUGGUUAGAUCUUGUAGAUGCCCGAGGAUCUAAAUCUUCCCUCGAUCGCCUGAUCAAACUUAUAUUCUCUAUUUCGCCCACGUUUACUCGUCGCGUAGACCUGCAGGGCUUGCAGCCAAAAGAUAUUCUCUGGGGUGUUUUGCACAAUGCGCAGUUCUGGGAGAUGGGGAAUAUACGAAUCUCCGUUCUUGCAUACCUCACGUCCCCGCUAAACUCUAUGAAAGUUCCUGCGUUGGAUCAGCUCAGCAACACUUACUACCUCCUCUUAUAUGUUCCCCCCGAGUACCUCACUAAACAGGCUCGCGCGGAGCUUGUGCACCGGGCAAUGGAGGGGGAUGUCACUCUUUCGUCGUUGCUGCAUGUGACCACCGGAGAGAAGACAGCGAAGGGCAAACGUAAGCGUGACGAAGGAAGGGACCUAGAAGAUGUGAGGCAAACGCUCAUGCACAUACGUGUAUUCCUCCAACGGAUGGGGAGACUCGGGUAUCUGAACACAUCUGAUCGCGAAAGCGCCAGGGACUACGUGAAGCACCUCAUGAGCAUGGAGGUUUCAGAUAAUACGGCGUUGAGAGAGGCCACGAUAAAUAUUGCGGAACUUUAUGUUGUUGCGCUCCUGCGAGCAUCAGAUCAAGACCCUUCUGCCUCAGCCGCGUGUGCUUCUAUUUUCUGCUCUCUCGCGCAGUCUGGUUCUCUUGAUGAAGAGAGCGUUGCCCAGUUGUGUGUCCUCCAGCUUGUUGAGCGUCUCAGACAGGAUUUUUCUGUUUUCAGUCUUCCUGGCUUGAUAGUUGCAUCAAUAAAAGAGGUGCAUGCUGCACUAACUCCAGUAUUACACCCCAACGUCAUUGACACGCUCCCCGGGAGCGGGACUAUUAAAGCAUGGGCGCGCCACCUUUCAUUUAGCCAUUGGUUAGGCGUUACCGCUACUUCAACUUCUGAGUACGGCCAACACAUCGCAGCCGCCCUUUUGCGAAACAGAGAAAAAUGCAAGUUCUCUGCAGAAACCUUGGGACUUCUCUUUGAGGAACUGCGCUGCUUGCCCAACGUCAACCGCAAGACGCAUCUUGGUCUAGCAGUAGGGGUGUUUAUAUUUUCUACGGAAGCUGGAGACAUCAAAUCCUUGGAUGAAGUCGUCUCAAGCGGAUCCAAGCAUAUUUCAGUCGAUGACUUUUCACAUCUACUAAACACAGUAUAUGAAGCACUCGAAAGCAUGCGAUUUCCUCCGGUUCAAUGCGUGCGUCUAGUGCAUGCGGCCACUGUUCUGUUGCGUGAUGCACCUCAAGGGACUUUGAAGGUCGUUCAGUGUUUGUUCAGUCAGUGUCUGAAUCUCUUUAUCGGACACACACAGUUCUUUGCGGGUCCUGUGGACUUGAAGUUAGCUUGCCUCGAGUUUGUGGCUCGGCAAUGUUCAGAUAGGCCUGCAGCUCUUCGCCCUGUCGACCCGGGUCCCAUCCAUGUCCUGCUGUCUAAGAUCCUUUCCGGGUCUCCAACACAUGACAGUACCACCACACCCGCGGUCUUCCACGCCUCUACCACAAUCCUAAACGCACUCGUUCGGCUGCGGCGCGAUCUUGUCGUCCACGUUUUGCCACAUUUGGGGAUGGUUCUCCGCCAACUGGUCUCAUGCACUCGUAGCCUACGGCCCCAGCUAGCCGCGAAGCAGAGCCGCAUCGUCACCGACACCCUCCCAUCGUGGAUGGCACCAUCUGAGCCACUAGGUGUGUCAGAAGCUCGUGCACUUGCACGGCUCUUCACCUCCUUGACGACAAAGAGUGUCCCCCGCGUGCACAUGCAGCCCAGUGCAGAGCAGAAAGCGGAGAGCCUGUCCAAACCGUUCGCCAAGCAUGCUGCUUAUGUGCUUACUGCGCACAUUGACGCUGUGAACGACCCGUUGUGUGUCACACGGGCAGAUGUGAGGCGUGAGCUUGAGCCGGGUCUGUUCUCACUGUGCGAGAUGAUGGGUACGCACAGUCGUGAUGCUAUUAUGGUCAGUGCAUUGGAUGCAGGUGGGAAGAGCGUGUUGAAGGCACUCUGGAAGGAGUAUGAAAAACAGCGGUAUAUUGGGAAGGGGUAG